ACGUUAUCUUCCUCGCGCGGCCCAUGAAGCGUACGAGCUACUCCAAGCUUCCCUUGACCCCCGACGAGAUGGGCAUGUUGCCGCCCACGCCGCCCUCGCCGACGGUUCCCCCCAAGCCCGCGCGGGCGCGCACCGCCUCGUCGCGCAUCCCUGUCGCUGCCGGGCGGUCUCCUCCGGUAGACAGGCGCGUCGCGACUAUCUCGAGCCCAGAAGAAGCGGACCUGAAGCGUAGGGAGGCGCAGCGGCGGAAGGAACGCGAAGAGCAGGAGGCGAUACGUGAAGAGGCGCAGCGGCAGGCGCGUCUCAAGCGCGAGAAGGAGCAAUUGCUCAAACAGUACGCCGAGGAGGAAGCUGCUCGCAAAGCAUCGCUCGAAGAAGAACUGCGGAAGGCUGCGGAGGAGCGGCGGCGGCGCGAGGCUAUCGAGAAGGAGGCAGAAGCGUUGCAGAAGAUGCUUGCCGCAGAGCGGAAGCGGCAGGAGCGCGAACGACGGCGCGAGGAAACGGAGAAGCUGCAGCGGUUCCGCAAGGAGCUCGAGCAGCGCAAUCAAGCUCAUGGCAUGGAGCUCACCGAGUGGCGCGAGCGCGUAAAUCGAGAGAGGAAGCAGCUUGCGGUGCGGCUUGGAGGGAGGAAGUUCAAGACGGAGCGCGGCCUCACAGUGCUUUUGACCGGUUGGGUCACGGUGCAAUCCGAAGACUGUUUGUCAUGGAAGCGGCGGUACUUCCAGCUGCGUGAGGAUGGGCUGGCGCUCUUCAAGGAGGCUGAGGAUAACUCUCAGAGCCUGGAGACAAUCCCGCUCGCGCGUAUCCAGCGCAUUCGCGAGUGGCAGGAGGGCUUCGAGGAGCUCGAGCCGGUCACAAAUUCGUUCGCGCUGGAGAUCAAAGGCGAGCACGACGCGCGCUGCAUGUACACAGACAACGCCGAGGACAAGGAAAACCUGCUCGCGCUUUUGAGCAGCAAGCUUUCCACGCGAUGAACGCCACGCCCGAUGCACGAUGAUACCCCGCCGACUGUAUUGCUGCGUACGACUCUUAUAGUGUGUAACAUGGAUUAAGGAGCAGCUGGCUGCGGUAUACAGCUUGUAUCAGUAUCUCAGGUGCGCAUGUACGACCCUAUAAUGUUCAGACCGUCGAUACCCUCGGAACCGUGUAACCAUCCAUACAGUAUGCAUACCUCUUCAUAUAUUACAUCCGCC